AUGUUUCGCACAAUCGACAAUAUCGCGACAGGAACUAAUCCAGAUGAUCGAGUCAAGAAACUCGAGGCACAGGUUGCACAGCUUCAGAAGACGGUGGACGACCUACAAAAGCGUUUGGUAGAAAUGGAGAAAUCUGGGGAUGUGGAAGAACUCGAUCUCAUGAAGAUCCUCGAGCAGGCAGGCUUUGAUACGAAGCUAUCUGAGGAGGAUUCUUCUACUGAAAAGCCAGAAGAACUUCAAAUGGAAUAA